UAUAACACCCUACUGUGCUGCAGAAUUCAAUUUUGAGCAUCAACAAUGGGUUCAGGGAGCUCAGAAGAAGUGAGGGUAUUGGGAAAGUGGGCCAGCCCAUUUAGCAACAGGGUAGACCUUGCUCUCAAGCUCAAGGGAGUUUCCUACAAAUACUCCGAAGAAGAUCUUCGCAACAAGAGCCAGGACCUUCUCAGGUACAACCCUGUCCACAAGAAGGUUCCUAUUCUCAUCCACAAUGGGAACCCUUUAGCCGAAUCACUUGUUAUUGUUGAAUACAUAGACCAAACUUGGACAAACAACCCUCUCUUGCCUCAAGACCCUUAUGAGAGAGCCUUGGCACAUUUCUGGGCCAAGACCUUAGAUGACAAGAUUUUGCCUGCAAUAUGGAAUGCGUGCUGGAGUGAUGAGAAGGGGCGAGAGAAGGCGGUGGAGGAAGCCAUGGAAGCUUUGGAGAUCCUGCAGGAAGCUCUGAAGGAGAAGAGGUUCUUUGGAGGACAGAGCAUAGGAUUGGUAGAUAUUGUUGCUAAUUUCGUUGGAUAUUGGGUUGCUAUAUUGCAAGAAAUUGCAGGCUUGGAAUUGCUUACACAUGAGAAUUUUCCCAAGUUAUAUAAAUGGAGUCAAGAGUUUGUGAAUCAUCCUGUCAUCAAAGAGGGUCUUCCUCCUAGAGAUGAAUUGUUUGCUUUCUUCAAAGCUUCUGCAAAGAAAUAGAACAAUUUAAGAGCUCUGGUUCAUUAUAAAUUCCCAUGUUUUUCUUCCCUACUAUUCAUCUUGUCAUGAGAAAAAAAAAGCAUUGUUAGGGUAUUGCCUAUUUUAAGUUGGUUCUCUGUUUUGUUGCUUCAAAAUAAUAUAUAUUAAUUUUACUUUCAUCA